CUAAUUCUAAUAAGAAAGCCCGAUGGUGGUAAGAGUACCGCCUCGUCUCUCAUCCUCCGCCCUCCUUGGGACCGCAGCAUCAAGAGCAGAGAGCACGGCAACCCUUCGCGUCACCGGAAUCAUCAACCGGUCGAAGAUGUCGUCGCCGCCGCCCCCGCCGCCUUCGUACACGACUCUCAAAGAUCGCGCCACCUUCGAGCGCGAGAUUAAGAAGAGCAAGUUCAUCGCCAUCGCCGCUCCCAUCUCCGACGAGCGAUCUGCCCAUUCUUUUCUCAACGAGGUUCAAGAUCCCCGUGCUACUCACAAUUGCUGGGCAUACAAGCUCAGAGAUCAAUAUCGCAGUAAUGAUGAUGGGGAACCUUCAGGGACAGCUGGAAAGCCGAUAUAUUCUGCUAUUGUCUCCUCGGGUAUCGACAUGGUGAUGGUGGUUGUCAUUAGGUAUUUUGGAGGUAUAAAGCUGGGAACUGGAGGAUUGGUUAGGGCUUAUGGAGGAGUUGCUCUAGAAUGCCUCAAAAGUGCUACAACUUGUUUUGUAAAACCCAAAGCCCCAAUUGGUGUUGAGGUGCCAUUUGAAUUGUUGGGAACUGUGUAUCAUCAGCUCCAAUCUUUUCAAGUUGAGGGCAUUGAGCAGGACUAUGAUACUGGAAAAGAUGGCAUCACCAUGAUCACUUUCAAGGUAGAUUAUGAUCGAAUUGAGGCCCUGGAGGAUUCACUCAACUCCUCUUGCAGCAGAAAGUUGGAAUUUCUCAAACAUUAGAACCGGUUUUGGUUGAAGUUGAAUGGUCCAUGAUCAGAUGACUAGGAAUGUAUUGCUCCUAAAAUGAUGAUGGGGAAUCAUAAUUUCAAACCGAAUUGUAUCAUUUGUUCCUUGUCAUUUUUAUCUGCAAUUUUAGCAGGUGAAGAUAUUCUUCCAUAAGAAUAUCUUCACCUCUUUUUUGCGACCAUUACCUUAGUAAAUAUGUAUGUACCAGUUCAUGUGACUAUGAGAUGGUUUAACCUCUAUACAUAUGCAAAUUUUUCUGUCUUCAAGAAUGGCUAAUAUAAUGAUGAAUUAUUUCA